AUCGAACGAGGAAAGCCCUCGGAUUUGGACAAGUAUAAGAACCGGGCUGCCAUUGCAGCGAGCUUCUCUGCGUCUCGCCCCUUCGAGUCCGGCUCCGUUAUCUUUCGGUUUUUUUUUGCCCAAUUUUCGGUUUUUUUUUUUGGGUUUUCCAUAGGUUUUCUUUGUUCUUUGGUCGGGCUUCGAUCCGCAUUGAACCUUCUUAGCAGAUUAGUCAGUGAAGUGCGAACACCCACGAAUUUUUUUUUUUUUUCCUUGGCAAAAGAUCGGAUCCCAGUGUUUUGGGAUCAAUCCCUCUGUAAAUCGCCGCAGGAAAGGAGGAGAAUUUCAAAGCAUUUUCGUGUUUUCGAUUUACCCUCUUGUAAGAUAGCUAGUGAUCAGCUCUUUCCGUGCUCAAAUCGUUGGUUGCUUUUUUGAGGUUUCCUGGAUCUUGGGUCAGAUUGAAUUUUAGGGCUUUCUUCUCUUUUGUUAUUUUGGGGGUGCUUACCCUCUUUUGGCGGUUCCUCGUAAUUUAUUUCUUGUGGUUCGAAAUGGACAAGAAGAGGACGGUGGUGCCGCUCGUGUGCCACGGGCAUUCGCGGCCGGUGGUCGAUUUGUUUUACAGCCCGAUCACGCCGGAUGGCUUCUUCCUCAUCAGUGCGAGCAAAGAUUCUAGCCCAAUGCUGCGAAAUGGAGAGACUGGAGAUUGGAUUGGAACCUUUGAGGGACAUAAAGGUGCAGUCUGGAGCUGCUGCCUGGACACUAAUGCUCUACGUGCUGCAUCCGGCUCUGCAGAUUUCUCCGCGAAACUGUGGGAUGCAUUGUCCGGGGAUGAAUUGCACUCUUUUGAACACAAGCACAUUGUCCGGUCAUGCGCCUUCUCAGAGGACACUCAUCUCUUGCUGACCGGCGGUGUCGAGAAAAUUCUUCGAAUUUUUGACUUGAACCGACCAGAUGCUCCUCCCAGAGAAGUUGACAAUUCACCAGGUUCAAUAAGAACUGUUGCAUGGCUCCAUAGUGAUCAGACCAUAUUAAGUUCCUGUACUGAUAUUGGUGGCGUAAGGUUAUGGGAUGUAAGGAGUGGGAAAAUUGUUCAAACUUUGGAGACAAAAUCCCCUGUCACUAGUUCUGAAGUGAGUCAGGAUGGUCGCUAUAUUACCACAGCUGAUGGUUCUACCGUUAAAUUCUGGGAUGCAAACCACUUUGGGUUGGUGAAGAGCUACAACAUGCCCUGCAAUAUCGAGUCAGCCUCAUUGGAACCAAAGCUUGGGAAUAAAUUUAUUGCUGGUGGAGAAGACAUGUGGGUUCACAUUUUUGAUUUCCAUACUGGAGAAGAGAUUGGAUGCAACAAGGGUCAUCACGGUCCUGUCCAUUGCGUGCGAUUUUCACCCGGUGGGGAAUCCUACGCAUCUGGAUCAGAAGACGGCACUAUAAGAAUUUGGCAGACUGGGCCUGCAAAUAAUGUCGAGGGUGAUGCAAAUCCAAGCAACGGCCCAGUAACUGGUAAAGCAAAAGUCGGGGCAGAUGAAGUUACUCGUAAAGUGGAGGACUUACAAAUUGGCAAAGAAGGGAAGAUUGGCGAGAAGGAUAAUGCUGCAGACGCAUGAUGUGCUCUUUAGGUUUGAUCUGUCUGUUUUGUCUAUCCUGCGAGUUUCGAGCAUGUGCGUGUGUGAUGCUUGUGCUUUGCAAAUAAAGUGGACAUGCUCUUGAUAAGUUUCUUUCCUCUGCCAUCCUUUUAAAUGAAUCUCCCUGGAAGCUCGCUUUCUCCUCUUGUUCCUCUUGUAACAGCAGACACCGCCGAAGUUUGGAGACUUCAUUUUUAUGCUUUCCGGAUUGUGCUUAAUGAAGAAGUAUCUGGAAUUUUGCUAGGUC